AUGGAGGUUAUAAGUAGGGAUGGGACGACCGCACAAAUCGAUCCGUUGAGAUUCUGCCAGUGGCUUCUGAAAGAAGUUCAGAGAAGGGGGGUCACGAUACAUCAGCCUGCGACGGCGACAGCCAUCAUCAAGGACUCAGAAGACGUGUUGCGCGGUGUGAGGAUAUCAGAGGGUGAUGACACACAGUCGGAGACAGAGUUACCAUGUAGCCGUCUCGUCAUAACCUCCGGUGCGUGGUCUCCACGCGUCUUCAGCACCCUCUUCCCAUCCUCGAAAGCGCGCAUCCCCGUCUCCUCCUUAGCUGGCCACUCGCUGCUCGUUCGAAACCCACACCACAAAUCCGAAGAGCUCGACAAGGAAGUCUGCCACGCAGUCUUCGCGACAGAUACACUCGGCUUCUCGCCAGAAUGGUUUGCGAGAUUAGGUGGAGAGCUGUAUCUGGCAGGACUCAAUAGCACAAAUAUACCUCUGCCAGAGGUUGCAACAGACGUUCAAGCUAGUGCGAAGGCUAUCGAGCAGUUGAAACAGUGUGCGAAGGCUAUGAUGGUGAACGUCCCAGGCAGAGACAUGGAGAUUUUGAGGGAAGGCUUGUGCUUCCGUCCAGUCACAUCUAGCGGCCGACCCAUCGUAUCGCGGAUACCGGACGAAAAGCUCGGAGGCAUCAGGACGAAAGAUGAAAGAACUGGCGGUGUUUAUAUAGCGGCGGGUCAUGGUGCCUGGGGCAUAUCGCAUGCGCCUGGUACUGGACUUGUGCUGUCGGAGCUGAUAGAAGGGCGGGAAGCAAGCACGAAUAUUGAGGCGUUGCAAUUACCAACGUAA